UUCAUCUGGAUGCACAGAGUAAGGGUUUCUAUUCAAACAUGCAGGCUCUUUUCUUUAUCUGGGGCUUGCACCUUGAUUUUCAGGCUGUUCUUGGUUUGAAGAAGUUCCACCAAGGAUCCACCCUAACUGCCUGCCUGACUGGCUUCUGCCUUGCUCUUUUCUUACUACCUGUCUCUCUCUCUGGCAUCUUGGCUCCCUCUGAGACUGCUCCCAUCCUCCUCCUCUAGCCUUCUGGGCAGGACAGGUGUUUCAGUUUCUUAAGAGAAAUAUGAAACAGAGAAGCACCAUUUCUGCCUCAAGACGCAUGUAAGGAGGUAUAGAUUCAGAUGCUCUAAACGUCCCUGCCAUCUGGUCCAGAUGGAGUCCUCAGGCAACCCAGAGACCACCACCUUUUUUUACUAUGACCUUCAGAGCCAGCUGUGUGAGAACCAGGCCUGGGCCUUUGCUACCCUUGCCACCACCAUCCUGUACUGCCUAGUGUUUCUCCUCAGCCUAGUGGGCAACAGCCUGGUGCUGUGGGUCCUGGUGAAGUAUGAGAGCCUGGAGUCCCUCACCAACAUCUUCAUCCUCAACCUGUGCCUCUCAGACCUGGUGUUCGCCUGCUUGUUGCCUGUGUGGAUCUCCCCAUACCACUGGGGCUGGGUGCUGGGAGACUUCCUCUGCAAGCUCCUCAAUAUGAUCUUCUCCAUCAGCCUCUACAGCAGCAUCUUCUUCCUGACCAUCAUGACCAUCCACCGCUACCUGUCGGUAGUGAGCCCCCUCUCCACCCUGCGCGUCCCCACCCUCCGCUGCCGGGUGCUGGUGACCACGGCUGUGUGGGUAGCCAGCAUCCUGUCCUCCAUCCUCGACGCCGUCUUCCACAAGGUGCUUUCUUCAGGCUGUGAUUAUUCCGAACUCACGUGGUACCUCACCUCCGUCUACCAGCACAACCUCUUCUUCCUGCUCUCGCUGGGGAUUAUCCUGUUCUGCUACGUGGAGAUCCUCAGGACCCUGUUCCGCUCACGCUCCAAGCGGCGCCACCGCACAGUCAAGCUCAUCUUCGCCAUCGUGGUGGCCUACUUCCUCAGCUGGGGUCCCUACAACUUCACCCUGUUUCUGCAGACACUGUUUCACACCCAGAUCAUCCGGAGCUGCGAGGCCAAACAUCAGCUGGAAUACGCCCUGCUCAUCUGCCGCAACCUUGCCUUCUCCCACUGCUGCUUUAACCCGGUGCUCUAUGUCUUCGUAGGGGUCAAGUUCCGCACACACCUGAAACAUGUCCUCCGGCAGUUCUGGUUCUGCCGGCUGCAGGCGCCCAGCUCAGCCCCAAUCCCCCACUCCCCUGGUGCCUUCGCCUAUGAGGGUGCCUCCUUCUACUGAGGGGCCUGUGGCGCUGCAGGAGCAGGUGGACAGGGGACUGGAAUCGGGGUCAUGGAGAAGUGGGCCUGGAAGGAGCACUGCAGAACACAUCACGGUGGGGACGUCACCUCCGCUGCAGGCGUGCAGUGGAGAUGAUUCAUUA